CUCAUCUCAAACUUUGCCUUGUGACGGGAGCUGGAACUGCCGAUGAGCGCCAGCCGCGGAGCAGGGCCCAGCCUGGAAAACAGAGGAAAUUAAUCCUGAUCAAGAUGACAACCUCCCAAAAGCACCGAGACUUCGUGGCAGAGCCCAUGGGGGAAAAGCCAGUGGGGAGCCUGGCCGGGAUCGGUGAAGUCCUGGGCCAGAAGCUGGAGGAAAGGGGCUUUGACAAGGCUUAUGUGGUCCUUGGCCAGUUUCUGGUGCUAAAGAAAGAUGAAGACCUCUUCCGGGAAUGGCUAAAGGACACAUGUGGCGCCAAUGCCAAGCAGUCCCGGGACUGCUUUGGGUCCCUUCGAGAGUGGUGUGACGCCUUCUUGUGAUGCUUUCUGGGGAGCCCCCCAUCCCUAACGCCAGCCUUGAGUCUUCAGAGUUUGCAGCUCCGUGGGGACUACUCCCUUGUCCUCUACCAAGGAAACGAUUGCUGUC